UGGUAAAUUAAAAACGUCUGAUUUGUUUCUCUCCUCCAUGUCCCUUCCUGGGCUUCAGAGAAACACAAGUUAAGUCCAUGAAGAAAAAAACUACAUAUUAUUAUCAUGGGAAAGAGAAUUUGUUACGUAAACAUAAUAAGUUAUCAGUGCUAGAUUUUACCUUUCUGAGGUCAGAGUCCAGUACAAGCUGUCGCCUGACAGGAGAGAGGAGGAUCGGUUGAAAACAACACAUCAGCCUGCUGUCUCACGAGAGUGGAAGUCUAAAGAAAAGUGGAAAAAACCCACAUCCGCUUUUACAGAAUGGAUUCCAUCUUCUCUGUGAUUGGAUCCUACGUUGACUGGGAUGUGAAAAGUCUGCUUCUCUUCUUGGCAGUUUUCAUCCUGACUACAGAUUAUAUCAAGAACCGUCGGCCGGCCAGCUUCCCUCCAGGACCCUGGGCACUUCCUGUUGUGGGCAACAUAUUCACCGUGGACCACAGCAGGACUCACGAGAGUCUGACCGAGUUAGGGAGAAGCUAUGGGGACGUGUUCAGCCUGAGAAUGGGCUCUGAGUGGAUGGUGGUGUUGAACAGGUUUGAGGUUCUGAAAGAAGCUCUGGUGACGCAGGGAGACAGCCUGGCAGAGCGACCUGACCUCCCACUGUCGGUGGAGUCAUGCAAUGGACUAGGUCUCGUAUUCAGCGAGAAUCACAUCUGGAGGCCACAAAGACGUUUUGCACUUUCAACCCUGAGGCAUUUUGGACUGGGCAAGAGGUCACUUGAACCUGUUAUCCGUGAUGAAUUUACACAUUGUGCAAAGGAGUUCAGUGACAACAAAGGUAAGCCCUUCGAUCCACACCUCAUCAUCAACAACACCGUCUCCAACAUCAUAUGCUUCCUGGUUUUUGGUCAUCGCUUCGAGUACAGUGAUGAGACCUUCAUGAGAAUGUUGAAGCUGAUAGGAAAAGGCCUCGAGAUCGAAGGCUCCAUCUGGGCACAGCUCUACAACUCGUUUCCUCUGCUGAUGAGACGUUUGCCGGGGCCACAUCAGACGGUCAAGCGCAUCUGGGGUGAAGUUGGGGACUUUAUAAGAGUCGAGCUUGAAGAGCACAAACAGAACUGGGAUCCCUCGGACCAGAGAGACUACAUAGACUGUUACCUGAAUGAGAUGAAUAAAGGACAGUCUGACGAUAGUUUUGACGAGGAAAACCUGGUUAUGAGCAUCCUCGAUCUGUUUGUGGCUGGUUCAGAGACCACGUCCAGCACCCUUCUCUGGGCUUUUCUUUACAUGGCGAAUAACCCUGAAAUCCAAGAGAAAGUCCAGGCUGAACUAGACCGAGUGAUUGGACAGUCCAGACUGCCGUACAUGGAGGAUUUUGCCAACCUGCCCUAUACUUACGCUGUCGUCCAUGAGGUGCAGAGGAUGGGCAACAUAGCUCCUCUAAGCCUGCCUCAUCUCACCACCAGAGACCUCCAGCUGGGAGGCUACACCAUCCCAAAGGGCAUUACAAUCAUUCCCAAUCUGACCUCGGUGAUGUUUGAUGAGAAUGAGUGGGAGACGCCCUUCACCUUUAACCCGGGACACUUUCUGAACGAGGAGGGCAAGUUUGUGAAGAAAGCUGCUUUCCUCCCUUUCUCUGCAGGUAAACGAGCGUGCCUCGGGGAGAGCCUGGCCAAGAUGGAGCUUUUCCUCUUCUUCACCUCCUUCAUGCAGCGCUUCACCUUCUCCAUGCCUGCUGGGGUGAAAUCUGAGAUGGAGUAUUGUUUUGGCCUCACUCUGGCACCACGUCCAUAUGAAUUAUGUGUAUCACCACGUUAAUACUCCAGAUAAAAUAACACAAAAGUCAAUAUUUGUAUACUAUGACAUAUCAAACUGAAUGGCUUCUGUUUCAUAACAUGGGGGCUCCUGCUGAUCUCUUUAGGCUGCAAAACUGUCAUAUAGUUGGUUUCUUUGUGUCUGUUUUGUUUGAUUAGCCCACCUUACCAAAACGGCUAUGAGAUCUCUUCUUAUAGACUAGCUUAACUUAGCCUUACACUCUAGUGCUCUAUAUAAUGUUUAAAAGUUACUGUGGAAUUUAAUAGAUACCUACACAAUUUUGUUGCUUUCUCUCUUGAAAACAAAGUGCAUAAUUCUAUAACAUUAUGUAUAGUAUUAUAUGUUACACCUGUGUUGCCCUCAAAGCGUUUCUUUUCAGUUUCACAUUCCUUUCACUUAUUUGUAGUUGCUAAUGAGAAGUGAUAAUUUAUGUUUUAUGUUAAUGUUAAUGUUAAUGGUUAAUAUCUAAUGUGCAAUAUGUAUACGAGUUUUUCCUUUUUGGUAACAGUUAUGGCGUCACAAACUGUUAGGUCACUUCCUGGUAGGUCACUUCCUGUUUUUACCUUCUGCUGCAAAGAGACAAAAAGUGAAAACCAUUUCCAUACACUUUGAAAAGUAAAGCAAUAUAUAUUAGAGGUUAUUUACCUAAAAGCAACAUUUGAUCUAUAAAAACAGCUUUAUUUAACAGCUUUAUUUUGCAGGUAAAAUCGAAUAGCAAUGCAACUCAUGUUAUGUGCACUGCAAUGUUGAAUUUCGAAUACAGACAUAUUUUUGUGAUGUUUUUA